AUGCAGCAAGAAAUAACUAAAGAAUACUGUGCAACGCUGUUUGAAGGCGAAUCCGGAUCAAAGGAGUCUCGUAUACCAGCCAUCAAAAACUUCAACCUCCAUUUCCCGAAAACAGCACAAACUUACGUCCUCGACAACAUCAAUCACCCUCUCCAUCGACGUCCUUACGUCGACGAAUCCGCCACAAUCAUGCUCAAUGCGGCAGCGAUGAAGGACCUCCUGUCCGAGAAUGUAGACGAGAACGCCUCCCACUUUGCCUUCUUCUCCCGCGCCGGCACCAUCAUGGGCCACGACCACGCCGCCGACGUCAAAGCCGUCAAACGCUUCGCCGCCUUCGCCGCCAACACCUGGGCGCACAACGACAUUUCCAUCAAAGAGACAGGCCGUACGGUCAACCCUUUGACGCCCGGCACUACGAUACUCCAGGCCGUGAUCAACGAAGACGGUAGCGGGUUGCAUUGCUUGAUCGUGCAGGUUAAUGAUUUGGUGGGGGCGGUGACGCAUGUGAGGGAGGGGACGUUGUUGGCGGCGUUGAAGGGGAAGGAGGAGUUUGUGGGGGAGACGGAUGAGGUUGCCGCUGGGAUCAAGGGGGUUGAUCUUUCCAACGGGGGUGAUGUUGCUCAAGGGGGGGAUGUUUCCCAGGGGGGUGGUGUUUCUGAAGGGGAGGAUAGCAGUUCAGAGGAUAGUGGGAAGGGGAAGGGGAAGGGAAAGGAGGUAGAGGAAGUGGAAGAGGCAAAGCCGUCGAAGAUUCAGAUUUUGGUGUGGAGAUCUGAGGGUAUGGGGGAGUAUAUGGCUAACGAGUUGGGACCGAAGUUCAGGAUCCCGAAGGGUUUUCACUGA